AAUCUUUGCCGAUUCCUUGUUAGCAAAGCUAACUACCUCCACGUUUCUAUUUCUACGUUCAUCAAUAAGAGUACGAAUUUGUUCAAUAACAGAGUUUUAUGAGACAGGGUGUUGGAGCGCUAGAACUUUGGGUAAGUUUUUCGUUGAUAUGUUGUUUAUAUGCCCUAGAGCAUUGUUACGUAAUAAGGGGGUUUUAUUUCCUUUUUGUACAACUGGACAUCAGCUGUACAUCAACCAUAGUUCAACCAGACUUCAACCAGACAUUACAUUUUUCGUUAUUUUUUUCAUUUUUACGACUAUCAGUCUGCGGAAGAUAACCUAUCCAACUUAUUUACCCUGAUAGCUUUUCUUUUUCGGAUGAAUA